AUGAACGGAUCAGAAUAUUCUUGUCUAUUAAUUUUAAACAUAACAGAAUUAAUUAUUCAUUUAUUAGCUACUUGCCCAAUUUCUACUUUUAAUUUUAUUUUAAUUUUAAAAACUUCUUUAAUUCACAAAAAUUUAAAAUUUAUUUUGUUAUGUCAAAGUUUUUGUAUUUUUUGUAGAAGUUUGGGUCGAAUUCUUGUUUUGUCCUCUAAAUUAAUUAGUGGAGAUAUUCUUUGGGGAGGCCCUGAAGAAUUUGUUUUAAUCUUUGGGUUUGCUGCUUUUUUCAGAAAUUUUGUAGCACAUGUACUGGUUAUUGAAAGGGCUUUAGCUACUUAUUUUGUUAAAAAUUAUGAAAAUUGGAAGAAGCCAUAUUUUAAUUUUAUUUGGUUUCCAAUUGUUUUUAUUCUUGCAUUAUUAAAUUCCCUCAAUUCUGUCAGCAGUAUAAUUCUUAAUUUGGCAACUUGGAGUUUUGUACUUAUCUUCGCAAUAUUAGAGAUUAUAAUAUUUACUUGGAUGUGGCAUUAUAACGAUAAAAUAUUUCAAAAUCAGUUAUUUUUUAGACAUAGUCUUACUGAAAGAUAUCAGUUAGUAGAAAAUAUUCGAACAGCAAAACAAUUAACUCCAACAUUAUUAAUUCAUUUUUUUAAUAUUUUAAUUGGGGCAUUAAUUAAUUGGGCUUUUUAUCUGCAAAUUUUUGGAACUAAAGCAACAUCUCCAUCAGCAACAUUUUAUUAUGGAUUGUUGGAUGCUUUGUUUUAUUGUACAAUUGCUUGUACUAAUUUUGCGAUUGAAUUAACUAUGAUAUUAAAUCAUCCAUAUCUUCGUCGCAACUUUUUUUCAUUUUUGUUUAAAUCAAAAUCAUUAAUAUUUAAAAUAAAAUCCCCAACAAAUACAAGAAUUGGCCCCUCAACAUCGCCACCAAUUAAUGCGUAUUUUUAUAACGGAUUUUCUUUACAAAAUGAAGCAAAAAUAAAAUUGGGUGGAAAUGAAGCUGAAAAACAUUUUGAACAAUUAAAAAGAACUUGGGAAAUUACCGAUAACAGAAGAAUAAAAAAAUAA